AUGAACCUCUUUAAGCUCAUCGUUAGCAGUCUACCAAACUGCACAUUUGUCCUUGAUGGGCUCGAUGAAUGCGCUUGGUUAGAGGCGAACCCAAUGGCUACGGAUGGAGAUGGCCGCACUAGUUUCCUUACAUCUCUGAUCGAUACCAUUGCAAAAACCACCACCCGAAUUAUGGUUGUUAGCCGUGAUGAAGCUGAUAUUCGCUCGGGGAUAUAUAGCAUACACCCCAGUCAGGGCGUGUACGAGCACAAGAUUUCUCCCGUAGAUGUUCAAUCUGACGUUUCACUGUUCUCGAAGAGCAUUGUCAACAAGAAGCUAAAGAACAAAGAUGAAAUGGUUAGAAAUAAUUUAUCACAGAGAAUAGUCGACCGCAGCAAUGGGAUGUUCUUAUGGGUGAAAAUGCAGGAGGGUAACUUGCGCGGGGGUAAAAGCAUAUUGCAACUGCAAGAAACAAUUGAUGAAACCCCGACAGGCCUAAGCCAUCUUUACGAUCGAAAUUGGAAGAAAAUUAUAGGCCUUCAACAGAGUGAUAGAACUCGGGCGCUCUUAAUUUUACGUUGGGCAGCGUUUGCGAUGCGGCCUCUCACUGUCCUGGAAAUCACAGAAGCCCUCCUUGUUAUGGAUGAUGACGGCUAUGACAACAUCCUGGUAAACGGUCUCCUAGAUGAGAUUGAUGAAGAGUACGUUAAUAGUGAGAUCAAGGGUCUCUGUGAGUCGCUUGUAGAGACUCGAGGAGCAUCCACUAAGGGGAGUUUCGCAUCAAUGACCGUUCACCUAGCACACUUCUCAGUCAAGCAAUAUCUCCUACACAACAUGCCAACGUCUAGCCUACUAGGAAACAAUAUAUCUUUACAGAGUAGCGAGGCCAUUCAGUGCAAUGAGCUAGCUAAAACUUGCCUGCGCUACAUCAAUUUCCGAGAUAUUUGGCAGCAGCGCGUUUGUUCUAAGGACAGCGUUGAUAGCCGGCCCUUCCGAGACUACGCAGCUACUUCAUGGCAUCGGCAUCUUUUUCCUGCAGGAAAAAACUACACCGAUGUACUUUCCCUGGUAAAUCGACUGUUUCAUCCUGAAAAUAUCAAUUGGCAAUCAUGGGCAGCAUGGUUUGAUUCUGUUGAACCAUUAGUGCCUACUAAGGAUUUAAAUGAAACAAGGUCGAUGAGCCCACUGUACUAUGUGUCACUUCUUGGCAUCUAUGAUGCUGUUGUGUACCUAACAAAGGAGUUGAAACUUGACCUGAAUUACGUUGGUGUAGGGCAUAGAACACCAUUAUAUGCAGCCUCAUGGAAAGGCAACAUCGAUGUGGUUAAGGUGCUACUGGAGCUUGGAGCCGAUGUUAUAGUUGCGGAUAGUAACGGAGCAACACCGUUAAAGCGUGCGUCACAACACGGGCACGUCAAGGUAGUCAAGGUGCUACUUGAGCACGGGGCCAAUGUCACUGUUGCUGAAGAAGGAGAAACACCGUUAUAUAUUGCGUCAUACAAUGGGCACGUUGACGUAGUUAAGGUGCUACUUGACUAUAGAGCCGAUGUCACAAUUGCUCUUAGAGGAUGGACACCGCUAAGUGCAGCUUCUAGCGGUGGACACGUUGAUGUGGUUAGGGUGCUUCUUGAACGUGGAGCUAACACAACAAUUACAAACAGCGAUGGAAUGACACCACUAUAUUUAGCAUCAAUUUAUGGAUAUGUUGAUGUGGUCAAGGUGCUACUUGAGCAUGGAGCUGAUGUUACAGUUGCAAACAUUACUGGAUGGACACUGCUAAAUGGAGCAUCAAGCAGAGGACACGUUGAUGUGGUUAGGGUGCUUCUUGAACAUGGAGCUAACACAACAAUUACAAACAGCAAUGGAAUGACACCACUAUAUUCAGCAUCAAUUUAUGGAUAUGUUGAUGUGGUUAAGGUGCUACUUAAGCAUGGAGCUGAUGUUACAGUUGCAGACAUUAACGGAUGGACACUACUAUAUUUAGCAUUAAGCAGAGGACACAUCAAUGUGGUUAGGGUGCUUCUUGAACAUGGAGCUAACAUAACAAUUACAAACAGCAAUGGAAUGACACCACUAUAUUUAGCAUCACUUAAUGGAUAUGUUGAUAUAGUUAAGGUGCUACUUGAGCAUGGAGCUGAUGUUACAGUUGUAAACAUUAACGGAUGGACACCGCUAAAUGCAGCUUCUAACAAUGGACACGUUGAUGUGGUUAGGGCGCUUCUUGAGUAUGGAGCUGAUGUAACAGUUGCAAACAGCGAUGGACUGACACCGCUAAAUGCAGCAUUAAUUUAUGGAUAUGUUGAUGUGGUCAAGGUGCUACUUAAGCAUGGAGCUGAUGUAACAGUUGCAAACAGCGAUGGACUGACACCGCUACAUGCAGCAUUAGUUAAUGGAUAUGUUGAUGUGGUCAAGGUGCUGCUUGAGCAUAGAGCUGAUGUUACAGUUGUAAUGGAUAAUGGAUGGACACUGAUAAAUUAG